GGUAAGGACGAGGUGUACGACCGGAUGCUGCUGGAUUACUUCCUGUCCUUCCACCAGUUCAUCCACCUGCUUUGUCGCGUCGCCAUAAACUGCGAGAAAUUCACCGACACACUCGUCAAACUGAGUGUGUUGAUUGCGUAUGAAGGACUUCCUCUUCACCUCGCUCUCUUCCCCAAACUGUGGACGGAGCUCUGUCAGUCACAGUCUGUUCUGGCUAAAACGUGUGUGAAGCUGCUGUGUGAGGAUCCGGCCUUCAGCGAGUACAUCAAGUGCAUCCUGAUGGACGAGAGGACGUUUCUCAACAACAACGUGGCGUACUCCUUCCUCACCUGCUUCCUGCACAAGGUGCAGGUGCUGUCGGGUCCCAGCUGCUCCAACCUGAUCGGUGUUCUGGUGACGAACCUGCUGAGCGAGCAGAGCAGCCUGCAGCCCGAACUGGCAGCUCACCGCCUGGAGCUGAGCAAGACCAGCGCCCUGCUGAACGCCGUACGAACACACGCACGCACGCAC